GCCAGCAAGGCUCAAGAAGAAGACAUAACCUAUAUAGUUUAUCUUUUUGUGUACGUUUCAUUCUUUUCUUUAACGAAUGAAACGUAAACGAAACGGGUAAAUUGCAGUUAGCAAACAUGCCUGAUAAAAAAAUUAUUAUGGUAACUGGAGGAACGGGUUUGGUAGGCAAGGCGAUAGAGACGGUGGUGCAAAGCGAAAAUAGAGUGGACGAGACUUGGAUUUUCGUUAGCAGUAAAGACGCGGACCUUUGUGAUCUCGAUUCCACGCGGCGACUCUUCGAAAAAUACAAGCCCACCCAUGUUAUUCAUUUGGCUGCGAUGGUGGGCGGAUUGUUCCACAACAUGUCCCAUAACUUGGAUUUUCUGAGAAACAAUCUGCACAUGAAUGACAAUGUCCUUCAAAUGAGUUACGAGACAGGAGUCAGGAAAGUGGUGUCCUGUCUGUCCACCUGCAUAUUUCCAGAUAAAACGACAUACCCCAUAGAUGAAAGCAUGAUUCACAAUGGGCCACCGCACCCCUCCAAUUUUGGCUACAGCUAUGCCAAAAGGAUGAUCGAUGUGGCCAAUAAAGCGUACCAUGAACAGUACGGGUGCUUAUUCACUUCUGUGGUUCCCUGCAACGUAUUUGGCCCUCACGAUAAUUACAACCCAGAGUCUAGUCACGUAAUUCCUGGUCUCAUCAGAAAAUUAUUUGAUACCAUCGACAAUGGUGGAGACACCUUCUUAGUAAUGGGUACUGGGAAACCUCUAAGGCAGUUUAUAUAUUCUCUCGAUUUGGCUCGACUUUUUGUUUGGGUUCUGAGAGAGUAUGACGAAGUUGAACCUAUAAUUUUGUCAGUCGAUGAAGAGUGUGAAGUUUCAAUUAAAAAGGUCGCCGAGGAGUUGGUGAAAUCGUUCGACUUCAAAGGAAGCAUAGUUUUUGAUGAAACCAAAGCGGACGGGCAGUACAAGAAAACCGCAAGCAAUAAGAAACUUAGAUGUUACCUUCCCGACUUUCAAUUCACACCAUUCUCGCGGGCUAUUAAGGAAAGUGUUGACUGGUACAGGCAGAAUCAUUUAUUAGCAAGAAACUAAUUGCCAUUG